UGUCAUUUAACCUUUGACCGAAUCCAAUGUAAAUAUUCGUUUCCAGCACAGAUAAGAUCUACUCAACACAUCACAGACCUGCAACUGUCCUGUCGGCGAAACCAAGAUGACCACCACCCAGAACCGUCAGAAGGCGGUGCCCGCAUGGAUCCGUUUCUACUUCUACGGGAUGCACGGCCUUCUAGACGAGAUAGUGUUUACGGCACUUUUCGACAUGGUGUUCGAACCAAGCGGGAACAGGUCACUAAAGGGCCAAUCCAGUAUUUUCUCUUUCUUCAUAUACGGAAGCUGUUCUUUCCUUGUUGAACAACUUUACGUUUUCCUCUACUUGAAGCAUGGCGUGCCCAGGUACAUCCGGUUAUUUCUGUACCUGUGUAUACUGUACACCUGGGAGUUCGGCACCGGUCUUCUGCUCCGCCAGUUCGGGGCGUGUUCCUGGGACUACAGUCACUACAAGUAUAACGUGAUGGGCCUUAUCACCCUGGAGUAUGCUCCAGGCUGGCUCAUCCUGUGCUUCUUGCAAGAUGUGUUCGCCGACUUUUUGCUGAGCCUAUCCAUCAACAUCAAUGCGGCCGACACCAGUAAAGGAAAGAAGAGCAGUUGAUAGCCGCUGGCUUGCACGUAACCCUAAUCUAUCUAAAUACCGUCUCCACUAAGUUUGCUGUCGUUUAUGUGGUCGGAACGGUUGGUUGAGCAGGGGACCUGUUGUGAUUAAUGUAUGCACAGGCACUUGCGCUAAGGUAUUGGAAAACAAUUACAAGGCGAAAAAUGGAAUGAAAUGAAUGAAAAUUAAAACGAAAUGCUUGUGUUUCGGUCAGGUUUUGACUGUUUUUCAUUUGUUUUAUACCAUUUAUAUGUAUGUUUUCUCUUUCAUUGAAUUAAGCACAAGUCACCGUGAUUGUAUCGGGGUUCAACUGUUCCAGCCACAUAAACGAAAGCAAGACUUGUGCGUUUAUAAUAUUUUGGUAAAAUGUGUGUGGAAGGUUUGGUUGUGCAGUAGACGUAGCAGUUGUGUAAAAUAUACGCAAUAACUGUGAUAAAAAUAUUUAUGUGACAAACAAGGUUUCGCAUGUAUCCUAUAAAAUUGAAUGUUCUAGCACGUGUAAAAUAUGCAAAAUCAUCAUGUACGCAAUUGUUUGUAAAAUGUACGAUACAUAUCAACUUAUAUUGAAUGAUCUGAUAACAGUGAAUGUUAUACAGCUACCUUUGUGUUUGAGUAUAGUGAGUACUUAUAUAUGUUUGAGUAGUGAGUACUUAUAUAUGGUGCAAAAACAUGCAAUUAUCGACAAUCCGCAGUGUAUCCCAUAUUUGUUAAUUUUAUUUUGAAUAAUGUAUCCCACAUGUUUUUCUGUAGCCUAUAUUUUGAACAACGACAUUUUUUUAUUAUAUACACAUUAUAAAUUGAACUGGCAUUUCAAAAGAGAUUUAUGAAACGAGUUAAGAAUUUCUUAUUUUAAUUGGGUGACCAAUAGGGGUUUUAUAAGAAUACAUUACUCUGUAAAUGAAAACUAAAGCUAAGAUAUACACCGUGGUAAAUUGUCUUUACUUUUCAAGUUUUCCGUGAUGCAGGAUACAUGUCAACUCAUGUUGGUGGUAUGGGUUGUUCUGUAUCGCAAUAUUUGUGAAAAGGGUGUCGCCUAGCUCAAACACAGGGACCUGAUAAUUUGUUACAGCUAUAUUUGGACCUAAACUAAGUUGCUCAGAUUAAUUUUACAGUCUUUAGGGGUUUAGAUCAACUUUCGCUAAAAGUACCAUCCCCAAUCAUGAUAUAGAUCAACUUUCUUGUUAGAUCAACUUUCCGAAAGUUGAUCUAAACCCCUAACACCUGUAAAGUUAAGGUUUAGGUCCAAAUAUAGCUUUAACAAAUUAGCAGGUCCCUGUGAACUCAAACAAAAUGUUAACUUGUAAGGAAGGACAACCCUGGGGACAGAUUGGCAAUGGUCAGCGCGAGUUCAACAUUUUUUCAGAAGGUCCUCAAUUACUAGAAAUCGUCUAUGGUCAUGUCAAUGAGCUAUCGGAUCCACACCUAACACCAUACAAGGCAUUCCGUGAUGUGGUUAUAAUUAGAACUAACUUAAUAGAAAUGAAAUCUUUGUUUCAGUUUACAAUAGUAUCUUUAUUGAAUUAUAGUCUGUGAUAUUUUUUUCUGGCUUAAAAAUCGACGCAUUUUUAUUACAUUUUUCAUUAUUGUUUUGUAUUCUGACGGAGAUUCAGUUACUGCGUUCCAUCAGUUAUAUUUGAAAUACGAGAUUAUCACACACAUAGAACAAUCUCUUGACAUGUGACAACUUGUUCAGUACACAGUCCUAUCUCAGUCAACAUUUCAUCUGAUAUUUCAUAUUCGUUGCUAUUCGGUGUUGUAUGUUUUCUUCUUCUCUGCGAUAUCACGCUGCCUUUUGUUGUUAACACAAAUAGUGCUUUAUUAGAUUUUUGUUGAGGACGUGCUAAUUUUGUUUUCUUAUUUCGUUGUUACCACACAAGUGCGCUAUUAAAUCUGUUUUGAUGA